GUGACGGCACCACUUUUUCCCCGUGAUGAGGCUACUUCUUAAUAAUAGAUUUUAUCGCCAAGGAUCGUUUGUUGUUACUGUUGUCUUCAUAACGUUUGCCUUCAUUUUCGUCAUCCAACACAGGACCAAUACACAGUCAUUUGGACCCAUUUCUGGGUCCAUUCGCGAUUCCGAAUACAACCUUUUGGAUCUAGAGGAAACUGAUCCGAGAUUCGCUGCCUUAGCUGCAGAAAAAUGCACAAUAGAACGGAUGAACGCGGAUCAGUUGCAACAAGACCAUCCUUGCGUCAUUGAAACAAUUAGGAAACGUUACCUACAUCCACCGGCGGAUAUUGACGUCCCGUACAAUUUAGUGGCACCUAACAAUGCGGAUCCGUCAGUUGGGCAAGCGGCUAGCAUACUGAAUUACCUGGGCAAUAAAACAAAAGGAUUUUUUAUCGAAUGUGGAGCUUUGGAUGGUGAACAUUUAAGCAAUACGCUUUACAUGGAACGAACAAUGCAAUGGGGUGGGGUACUCGUCGAAGCUGAUCAAACAUCAUUUGGUAAAUUGCUAUCUCGUCGACGGAAAUCUUACGCCCUCCCCGUUUGCCUCAGUUUGCAGCCGUACCCAACUCAAGUCACUUUCAAAGUGGCGUAUGCCAUAGGGUCCGUUCAAGAAUCUUUAGAUCCAAAUCGGCCGAUGAAAACAAAUUCUGAUGGACACGCAUCAAAAGAAAAUAUGCUCACUCUUCAAUGUUUCCCUAUCUAUUCCAUACUGUUGGCCAUUGGCCAAACUCAAGUCGAUUUUUUCAGCCUUGACGUUGAAGGUCAUGAACUCAGAAUCCUUAAAACCGUUCCGUGGCACAAGGUCGAUAUCAAGACGUUGGCCGUAGAGUGGGACCAUGUUGGCGAAAAACCUUUAAUCGAUUACAUGGGUCCACAAGGAUACUACGUCUAUGGCCGGAAUAAAAUCAACGUUGGCAACGACCUCUUCUUUGCCAAAAACGUUUCGUUCCAUGUACUCCAUGACGCCUAAAUCCAUUCACCGAAAGAAAUUUAAAAAAAAAUU